CAGUGUGGAGGAAGCAUGGAGGUGCUGCCGUGCUCUCGGGUGGCGCAUAUCGAGCGCACAAAGAAACCGUACAACAACGACAUUGAUUACUAUGCAAAGCGCAAUGCCUUGCGUGCCGCUGAAGUCUGGAUGGACGACUUCAAGUCACACGUUUACAUGGCAUGGAACAUACCAAUGACGAACCCCGGUGUUGACUUUGGAGACGUUUCGGAAAGAAUAGCUCUACGGCAACGGCUUCAGUGCCGGAGUUUUAAGUGGUACUUGGAGAACGUCUACCCUGAAAUGAGGAUUUACAACAAUACCAUCACUUACGGAGAGGUACGCAACAGCAAAGCCAGUGGCUACUGCUUGGACCAAGGAGCCGAGGAGGAUGACAAGGCAAUUCUUUAUCCAUGUCAUGGAAUGUCCUCCCAGCUUGUUCGUUACAGCACUGAAGGACUCCUGCAAUUAGGCCCUCUGGGAUCGACAGCAUUUCUGCCUGACUCAAAAUGCCUCGUAGAUGACGGGAAAGGAAGAACUCCCACGCUGAAAAAAUGUGAAGACACUUUGAGGCCUGCGCAGAGGCUGUGGGAUUUCACACAGAAUGGACCGAUCAUCAGCCGAGACACGGGACGGUGUCUAGAAGUAGAAAUGUCUAAAGAUGCUAAUUUUGGGCUGCGACUAGUGGUACAGAGAUGCUCGGGGCAGAAAUGGAUGAUCAGAAACUGGAUAAAACAUGGCCGACAUUGAUUUCUGGCUGGGAAGACCCCAUUUCUUCUGGAAUCCUUUGACCAGUAUGCAGGCACCCUGCUGAGAGACUUGGGUUCGAGAGGACUGCUGUAUUGAGAAGACAGCUCAUAGAAGGAGAAGCCGACGAUCAGGGUUGUGAAUUAUUGGACCUAAUUGUUUCUUCAAAAAAAAAAAUAGCAGGAGAC